AUGAACGUAUCCAUACUGUCGAAGAAUGAAACAGGAUGGGGACAUUUAAUUGAACAUUUUUGCAUUGAUAUUGUUAUGCCAAUUGCUGUUGGUGUAGGUAUUAUUGGAAAUUUAUUAAGUAUAUGUGUAUUUUCUCGAAGAGAAAUGAUUAAAUUUUGUGUAAGCAUACUUACAAUUGUAUUAUCAUUAAGUGAUAUUUUAUUAUUAACAACAUCAAUAUUUAACAUAAUAGUACCAGCCUAUAAGCAUUAUCAAUUUGCUGAUAAAUAUUUGUUCUGGUGUCAUUUUCAUGGUUAUUUUGAUUUAUUGUUUGCAUCAAUAAGUGGUUAUUCCAUGGUAUUCAUUUCUGUUGAACGAUGGUUCUCCGUUUUAAAACCAUUUGACAAGGCCAAAUAUAUUACAUUUAAAUCAACGAUAACAACAGUUAUUAUUUAUAUUAUUGUAUCGGCAAUUGUUUGUUCAUGGUUUCCAUUAAUACUUAAAUUCGAUCCAAAUCAUUUAGAUCCUAAUCAACGUUGUCGACUAUUAGAAAAAUUUGGUAAAAUUUUUACAAUAUCUGGUACUAUUAAUGUUAUCUUUACAUAUAUAGCUCCAUUUACUAUUCUUGGAAUUUUAAAUUCAUUUAUUAUUCAUCGUUUACGUGCUAGACAACAUAAUUCAAUACGAUCAACUCCAAGUGAUCAUGUCUCCUCAUCAACACGAACAAGAACGCGUCAUCGACAUAAUGCAGAUCGAAAUAUAACAUUUAUGUUAAUAACAGUCGCUCUUGCAUUUAUGUUCAUGAGCUUUCCUUACCAAAUUUAUUGGUUUUAUUUACAAAUAUCUCAAACAAAAUCGAAUAAAACACUUUAUACAUUAACUCAAACAUUUCGCAAUUUAAAUUGUAUGAUCAAUUUUUUUCUAUAUUCUGCCACAUCGUCAUUAUUUCGUCGUGAAUUAAAAGAAAUAUUUCAUUGCUGUUAUUUAUUAUCGUCAUCAAAAUCGAACGGUGGACAAACACUAACAGCAAAACUAAAUAAUAAUAAUAAUAAUAAUAAUAAUAAUAAUAAUAAUAAUAAUAAUAAUAAUAAUAAUAAUAAUAAUAAUAACAAUAAUAAUAAUUUAUCAUCAACAACGAAGAAGAAAAUAAAUGUUGAAUUAAAGAAAAAACUUUCUAAUACAACAACAACAACAACAACGACUAAUUCUGCAAAAUCUGUAAUAAAAACUCGACAAUUAACAAUAAGUUCAGAAAACAAUCAUUUAUUAAGUGAAUGUAUUGAUAUUGAGCAAAAUAAUGAUAAUAAUGAAAAACAAUGA